AUGAAUGGGGUAUCGGGUUUCUCGUUAUUGCCGGAAGGUUGCAUAUCGGAGAUCAUAGCAUUGACAUCACCCAGAGAUGCUUGCAGGGCAUCGGCGAUCUCAUCGGCGUUCAAGUUGGCCGCCGAGUCUGACAGCGUGUGGGAGAAAUUCCUGCCGUCAGAUUAUCCGGAGAUCAUUUCGAGGUCCGUAUCUCCGGUGGUUUACUCCACCAAAAAGGAAUUAUACUUUCUCCUCUGUGACACUCCCAUCCUCCUUGAUGGAAGCAAUCUGAUCCGAGGUUGA